AUGCACUGUAUGUGGAGCCCAAAGUCAAAACUAGUCAUUUUAAUUGCAGUUUCCCUAAUAAUUUCAAUUAUCUUCCUCACAUGGUGCAUUCUACCGUAUGACUACAGUAAUAUCCCAAGGACCACACAUUGUGAUAAUAUUUUAAAAAACGAGACAAAGUAUUUAUUGUUCCCGAUGUUUACGAUAAUCAGUGGGAGUGGAUUAGGAAAUCAAUUAUUCGAAAUUUUCUCGCUUCUUGGAAUGGCUGAAAAAUUGAAUCGAACUGCAAUUUUCAAUAAAAGAGACUGGUUUUUGAAUUUUCGAUUAAAAAAUGUGAGGGAGAAAAUUCCGAAAAUCGCGGAAAAUGUGAGAUCGAUGGAUAUUGAGGUACGUUUUAGACUAAAUAUGAAAAUUCAAACGGUUUUGAUUACAUUGAAAUCAGACAAACUCAAUAAUACCAAUACUUCCAAAGUUACGCCCUCCAACUCCAUGCGAUAUAUAAAUUCUCCAGCUUGUUGUGAAUACAAUUUUCCUCACGUCCUCUAUUGUGAGCAAUCGAAAUUCGUUGUGAUCGAUGGAAGAUAUUUUCAGAGUUUCAAAUAUUUCGAAAAUUUCGAAUCUGAAAUUCGCGGCUUUUUUGUGCCAUCUGGAUUAGAAAUGGUGGAAGUUGAUUCGAUGAUUUCUUUUGACGAUUUGUCGAAAUUCAAAAAUUGCGUUCACAUUCGUCGUGGAGAUUUCGUGACCGAUGGACAGCAUGCUGGAAGUGAUCCGGAGUUCACUAGAAAUGCCAUUGAGUAUAUUUAUGAGAAAAAUCCCGGUCCAAUUUUCAUCUUCAGCAAUGAACAAAAUUGGGUGAAACAGGAAAUUUCGAAAAAAUCAAAAUUGAAAAAUGAGAUUCGAAUAAUGCCAACGCCAAAAGAGAAGCCGUUCAAGGAUUUGUAUUUUUCUCAAAAAUACUGUAAUUCGGUGUUAAUUACAGCUCCUUCCUCUACAUUUGGCUGGUGGUUAGGAUAUUUGUCAAAAAAUCAGACCAAUGUUUAUUUUAGAGAUAUUCGGGAAGUUGAGGAUAGUGUAAAAUACCAAAUGAUCGAUGACGAUUUUUUCCCUGCGAAAUGGAAUAAAUUGGGCAUGAUGAGCAAUAAUGGGACUAUUUUUCUGAAGAAAAAUGUCUGA